AUAAAGACCGUUAGCCUUCUUUUUUUUCGACUGAUUUGUUCUGAUGAGCACAAUGACGCUGAUGUUUAUAGCGUUGUGUCUAUCCUGUGUAGAAGGAAUGAAGGUUGUGGAGUUGUCAGUGGACCCGAGGACCCUGUCCCCUCUCGCUGUUCUUCCAACUGUGAACUAUCAGAUCAUCAAUGCAGACCACCUCCUCCUCAGAGAUAACAGGCAGGACGUAAUGGACAACUCCAGCCUGAGGGCCCAAAGACAACCUUUCAUCCUCACUGGACUGAGUGGUCAGCCUGCCAUCAAUGUCAGCUAUGGUCCCAUGUCUUUGGAGCAGUCUAUACCACUGAAUAUGAUCUACACUGGCCCCAGGAUCCGGCCGUUUAUCCUUGCCCGUCAAAUCCGUUCAUCUACACCUGCCUUAUAUGUGCUGUUUUAUGAAUCUGGUACUAAGAGCAACCUUAGUGAGGGACCAAUCCAAAACAACCCAGGGCAGAGUGAAGGAGGUUAUAUUUGUGUUUCAGCAUAUGCUUUUUGGGAAACCAGGGAGGUCAGGGGCGGCUGCUCCAUCCCGGCAGAUGGUGGAUUCUGUCUGGUGCAUCUUAAGCCUGAGCCAUCAUGGUUCAAUCAUGGAGGUGGAAGGUCUAGCUCGGAGCAGAGAGGUGAUCAAAGGGGAAAUGUUGCAGAACUUUACUACCAGACAAGACCAAGCCCCACUGGUCAGUGUGUGCCUCAGGAGAGUAAGCUAAGAAAGGGUCCACAGCAGGGCGAACUUGGACAGCAGGUCUCCGGAUCCCCCAUGAAGAGGAUUGGGACUGUAAAUUUGCUGCGCUCACCUCCAGGAAAUCCAACAUUUAUGCGUUUGCGUCUUGGGGGUGCUGUAAUUAUCCAAACCUCCUCGAAACCACUGAAGACCACAGACACUGCCACUUUCUAUGUGUUCCUAUCAAGCACAUCUCCCGUUGAACAUUUCAUUCUCAGAGCCACAGCAAGAAAAGGCAUGUCAUUCAGCACUGCCAGACCCAGUGACGCUCACCUGUGGGAUAUCACUCUGGAACCUGGGCGACGAAGUGAUGCACAAACCAUUUCUGUGACCUGUCAGAAGAAAAGCACAUUAACUAGCAAAAGGGGUCUGCUGGAGGUUCUACAGCUGGACUUUGAGACAGAGGAACAGAGUGACCAAUUAGAGAGCCAGAUGAUCAAGUGGCGACUGGAGCUGCCUGGAAACAUGAUUCGGGAUGAAGGGACCAUGAGGAUUUAUACCAUCCAGAGAGACUAUGUGGGCAUCGUGCCUAUGAUCACAGAUACAGAGUUUCUAAACACGGCCGUGCUGACUGGUAAGAGGGUGUCUGUGCCUGUGAAGGUUUUGGGUGUGGAGGCUGAUGGCUCCAUCACGGACAUCACUAACUCUUCUCGCUGCAGAUCUUCAGACCAGGAUAUCCUGAAGGUGUCCGAGAGGUGUGAUUAUGUGUAUGUUAAUGGUAAGGAGACACAUGGGAGAGUAAGGAUGAUGGUGAACUUUACCUACAGUUACCUGAGCACUCAGCUGGAGGUGAGCGUUUGGAUGCCUCAACUUCCACUGCAAAUUGAGAUAUCCAAUCCAGAACUCAGCCAGAUCAAAGGCUGGAGAGUUCCUGUCACAGGGAACAACAAAAGAGUGAGCUGGGACACUGAGGAAGAUGAUGAGAGGAAGGGCCGAGGGUGCAUGCUGCAGUAUCAACACAGUUUGAUUCGGGUGCUCACAGUCUUCACUGCGGACUCGUCAGAACCAAGCAGUCCAUCAUCUGCAUACUUCCUUGGCUCAGAUUGGCAGGUGGAUGUAACGCGGCUGGUGCGCUACUUUCUGAGGGUGCGAGAUACAAGCGUGGCACGCCUGCAGGCAGGAACCGUGGUGAUAGGCAGGGCUGUGGGAGUCACUACUGUGCAGGUGAUGUCUCCAUUGUCAGACUUGGUUCUAGCUGAGCAGAUGAUUCAGGUUCUUGAUGAUAAAGUCAGUAUUACAGAGCUGGGAUUGCAUUUGGUCUCUGGCCUUUCACUGAACCUUCAACUCAUCCCAGGAAGCAACAGGGCAAUUGUUGCCAAGACGACCACACAGGAGAUCAUACACUUCCCGAAGCAGGAGGCAGUGGUUGGCUGCAGGCUACACUUCAGCGAUGGCUCCCAGACACCUCUUGAUCUGUAUGAUCCCAGUGGUUAUUCUCUCUCCAUUUCUUCACUGGACACAAGGGUCGUGUCUGUACGGAAGAUUUUGGGGGGUGGCUUUGUUGUUGUUGCAGAGGCCGAUGGCCAGGGCCUACUGCUCAAAGCAGAGCUUGCCAUCUGUGAGGCCUGUCAGAAAUCCAAACGCAAGAGCAAGCUAGCAGUGGGUGGAGGCACCGUGAGUGUCAAAUUCCCAUUGGAAGGGCAGACUGCAGGGACUGGCAAAAAAGAAGCUGGAUUAGAGAGCGACCGUGUUGAUGAUGGUGAGGAAGAAGGAAGUGAGUCCAAACUGAUACUUGUCUCCCCUUUGAACACAGUCAAAAUACUCAAAAACACUCUUGAACACACUGGUUUGCAAGAGAGCACCACUAGUGAGAUCAAAACAGUAACCAAGUCCAACCUGCAAGAAGCAUUAGGGGGUGGUUUAUCCACAAUUAGGUCAAUAAACAGCAUGGACAAGACUGUCAUUACCAAGCCCGUCGCCACCAAAGCUUUUGUAACUGUUGUCCCGAGAAAUGUAAUAAAAAACGGCUAUGGAAACUUGGUUGAGAAAUCUAACUUCCCAUUCCAAGUGGAGAAACCCAAGCAGGAACCACCCCUAGUGGAGAGCGAUCUGAUACAGAUGUUCAGCAUCUUCACAGACAUAGAGGUCUGCAUUUAUGCAGUGGUAGCAGUCUCUUGCUUGGCCAUUAUAGCCUUCCUGCUUAACUGCGCAACCCACAAUGUGAGAUCACGCAUAAAGAACACUCCAGUUCAGUGCCAGGCCAAAUCCAAGCACAAGCAUCACUGGGUGCAUCUAGGAACACCUGCAGAGAGAAGCAGAGCUGCACCAAUUGCAACCACCUGUAAGCAAGAGAUGCAGGCAGCCGUGGAGAUGCCAAGAACCAUUCAGAUGCAGCAGAGCAUGGAACUUCCCAGAGGCACGGAGAUGAUCCAGCCAAGAGGGAUGCCAGCCAUAGCCAUUCCAAUAGAGGAGAGGACUGCGACUCUGGGAAGAAGGACCAACACCCUUCCUCUAAGGCGUGACCCACUGUUCUUCAAAUCGGCCACCCUGCAAGCAAAGCCCUUUCGCAAUGAACCUCUGCAUUCCCCCACAAGCAAGAGGAACCAAGUCCAGUUCACAACCUUCACUACUCUGGACAUCAAACAUCUGGCUGCUCUCAAGAAGAGCGGUCAGAACUUCAGCUGGGCCAACCAGCCAGUUAGUCAGCCAGGUAGUCAGACUACAGCUAUUGGUCAGGGUGGAUUAAGUAGUCAGGUUGAACGAACCAAUCAUGUUAAUGUGUGUAGCCAAGUAGAAGUGGGUUUUCCGACAGGAGGCUUUGGUGAGUGCAAAGGGUUUCUUCCAGAAGGCCCAUGGCCUGUGGCUACACCAGUGUCAAAUGUGUGACAUGGUGUUUGUGUGGUGUGAGUGUUUGUGUUGAACAGAACAGGGUUGUUUAUUGAAAUGAAUGUCACAAUUUAUGCAACAAUGGUUUUAAGAAUGAUUUACACAAGUUCAUUCUGCUCUUGCAUCAUGAAUGAGGUCCUAUGAUUGUAUGCGGUGCUGGGAAUCGAUUCCAAAAAUAAUCGAUUAUUCGAUUGCAAGGCAUUGGGAAUCGAAAGUCAUCUCUAAAACAAAUCUAUUCUGCUCGAGGGCAUUACAUGAUCUGCUAUCAUUCAUACUAUCAAUCAGAAAUGGUGUAAAGUAUGCUUAAUAUUGCUCUUUUUAUUGUGAGAUUUCACUUUGCCUCAAUUUUUUCUUAAGAAACUGUAAAAAUUGUCUAUAAUCGACUCUUGGAAUCGAUUCCAAAAACCUGGAACAGCCAUAUGUGUAUGUGCACGUAUGUCUGUGAACUGAAAAGUUUCUUUAAAUUUGGU